CACAGUCAACAAAGUUAAAAGUCGAGAGAAUGAAACAGUCAACAAAUGGAAGCCACGAGUUGAAACAGUCAACAGGAUAUUCUUGAUCUUGUUUCUUCCACAGGAUGUGAAGGUGGACCUGUGCAAUUCUCUGAUAUAUUUGCAGAUAUCAGAUGAUAGAAAUUGGAUUUUGUCAUUUUAUGGUUGAAGUGAUGAAAUUCAUUGGGCGUUUGCUGGUGUUUCUCUCACUACUUCCUCUCUCUACCGCUCAAUCUCCAAAUAUAAUUAGCAACAGAACAACAUGCCCCAUUGAUCUCAACUAUGUUCUUAGAGUCCCCUUCAACUCCUCAUUUUGCAAAAACUUCCGAGCCGAUCCCCAAAUGGACAUCACCCAGAUCCCAUGUUGUCAAGUUCUAUUGUCUCUCUUUGCAAUAGGCCUUGCUCAACACCUCAAGGCCACCACUUUUUUCCUACUCCCCAACAUAGCAGCCUCAAAUUCUUGCCUCCAAAACUUCCAGUCGAAGCUCACCUCUCUAGCACUCCCUCCCAAUCUUGUCUCUUAUUGUUUUGACCCUAUACAAUUUGUGACUAGCCCCAACAUCUGCGCCCAAAUUGAGUCUUCCCAAGAUUGGGUCUCUAAGCUUGAUCAGACCACUGCAUUUGACUCUGCAUGCAAGGCAGACCUCACUGACCUAUCAUCCUGUGAUGCUUGCGUGGCGGCUGGCUUUAGAAUUCAGCAAGAAUUAAUCACCGUUGAUGGUAACAGAUCUCACUCUAGAGAUUGUUGGUUCUUCACAAUAAUGUAUGCAGCAGCUGGUAUUAUCAAUGACUCUGAACCUGAAAGUGAGGGCAACCUGUCUUGUGUUUUCGGUUUACCUUUAUUGAAUAACACUCUUGUGGACACUGCUGUGAAUUUGCCCAAAAAGAGCUAUACAGCUCUUGUAACUGCAGUAGUCUCAGCAACAGGAGGGUUGCUUACGAUAUUAUUUUUAUACUUCUUAUGGAAGGAAUCUUUGGGAAAGAAAAGGGCAUAUAGUGAGAAUAUUCGAAAUUUUAGUGCUGGAGAUGAGAAGAAUGAUACAGAACUACCGGUCUUAAGUUUAAGGAGUAUAUUAGCUGCUACAAACAACUUCUCUGAAGCUAAUAAACUAGGAGAGGGAGGGUUUGGCCCUGUUUAUAAGGGCAUCUUAAAAGAAAAUCAAGAGGUAGCCAUUAAAAGACUGUCAAAGAAGUCAGGGCAAGGAUAUCAGGAGUUCAUGAAUGAGUUAAAAGUUAUAGCAAAGCUCCAACAUAACAAUCUUGUUAGGCUCUUGGGUUGCUGUAUUGAAAAGGAAGAAAUGAUAUUAAUCUACGAGUACAUGACUAAUCGAAGUUUGGACAAAUUUUUGUUUGAUCCAAGGGAAAACACAAAGUUGGAUUGGGGUAAACGCUUUCGGAUUAUAGAAGGUACAGCUCAAGGAGUACUUUAUAUCCACAAACACUCUAGAUUGAAAAUCAUUCACCGGGAUCUAAAAGUAAGUAAUGUUCUGUUGGAUGAAGAAAUGAACCCCAAAAUUUCAGAUUUUGGAAUGGCAAAGAUUUUCGAGAUAAAUCAGACUGAAGCAAGUACCAACAGGGUUGUUGGGACAUACGGUUACAUGUCACCUGAGUAUGCACGCUAUGGUCAUUUUUCUGAGAAAUUGGACGUAUUUAGUUUUGGAGUGUUGUUGCUGGAGAUUGUAAGUGGAAGGAAGAAUUCCGCUUUCUAUCAUCUUGAACACCCACUAACUCUUGCUGGAUGGGCAUGGAAAUUAUGGAAAGAAGGUAGAGGAAUGGAGGUGAUUGAUGCAUCAGUGAGAGAAACGUGUAUGCCAAAUGAAGCUUUAAGGUGUAUCCAUGUAGCAUUAUUGUGUGUUCAAGAAGAUCCAGUUGAUCGACCAACAAUGUCUUCUGUAAUUCACAUGUUGGCCAAUGAAGCUACAUCACUUCCACUAUUCAAAGAACCUGCAUUUUCAACACAUAGUAAUUAUAAGGCUGUUUGCUCUUCUUCUCCAUCAUCUAGCAUUUUUUCGAACAAUCUGGUAACCAUUAGCAUCCCUCAAGGUAGAUAGAGGUUCAAUGCCUAUCUGUCGGCGAGUGUUUACAAAUUACACUUUGAGCCGCAUAAUUUUAUGUCCAGAUGUCUUCACUUUGGAAUACACUUGUGUUCCUUCUCUUCCCUUGGACGUAAAAUGAUGCAGCCUUUCUAUUUCAAUGAACUGCAUAUUACCAAGGGAACAAAUUAAAAUAGAAAGGUUGGAGAUUUGCCUUGCCUAGUGUAUGAAAUUGUCAAUGCAAGAGAAGCACUGAUGGAUUUAUUUGUUAAAACUUAGGCAAGAAGGUAGCUAGAGUGGGUUGAUGAUCUCUAAGCCAAACCUAUGAAGCCUUAUGAUGUAUCUAUGUAGGAAUCUUGUCUGUUCAAGAUGCUCUAAUCUCUGAUUGAUCAACCAAAAAUGUAUUCGGUUCUUUUUGUUCUUCUUAUGCUGCAGGACAAUGAAGCUAUAGUACUUCCAUUUUCCAGUCUAUUUGCAAUUCUCACUGUCAAAAUUAUCCAUUAAAAAGUAAACACGUACAACUAAUGUGAUUACAUAUACAGGACUGAAAUAGCAAGACUAAAUCUAAUAUUUGCUGUGGACUAGUAUUUCACGCGAGGUAUUCUUCUCACUUAAUUGAGGCACUUUAUCAAAGUGAGGGGGUGGCUCUUUCUUUCUGUAGUUAUGUUACUCUCGUAUAUUUGUAGUAGCCAGGACACUAUAGUACCAGGCAAAUCAAUCGGUGCAAACCAGACUUUAGUUUCUUCCAAUGGAACCUUUACGUCAGGUUUUUCUAGUCUUGAAAGUUCUACCAAGUUUUUCCUAUGUAUAUGGUACAACACAAUCCCACGCACAGCAUCAAUUGUAUGGUAGCCAACAUGGAAUCCCCACUUGAUUCUCCAGGUUUUUUUGGCCCUCAGAGGUGAUGGAAAUCUUGUGGUGUUGGAUGGAACUGGAAAACUAAUUAUCUGGUCAUCUUGUGUCGAUCGAGUUUCAAAUUCAUUAGCUUCAACCAAUCAAGAAAAAAGUUUCCUGAUUGAUGAAUAUGAACACGCAUGGUUUGCCUCAUCAUUCCAGCUAUUUUGAAUUUUACAUAGGCAUAUGCAAAGAGAAAAAGAAAAAC